UUCCGGGAGCCUGGAGCCGCGGCUGCGAGGGACGGGCCCCGCGGCCCCGGCCGGACACGGCCAUGUCGGCCCGCACGCUGCCGCUGCUCUUCCUCAACCUGGGCGGGGAGAUGCUCUACAUCCUGGACCAGCUGCGGGCCCAGAGCAUCCCCGGGGAGAAGGCCCGCAAAGAUGAAUGGACAGAUGUGGACAGGAAACGAGUUAUGAAUGAUAUCAUCACAACCAUGUUCAAUAAAAAGUUUAUGGAAGAGCUGUUUAAACCACAGGAACUCUAUUCCAAGAAGGCCCUGAGAACAGUGUAUGACCGGCUGGCUCAUGCUUCAAUCAUGAGGCUGAACCAGGCGAGCAUGGAUAAGCUCUAUGAUCUUAUGACUAUGGCUUUCAAAUACCAAGUUCUGCUCUGUCCUCGACCCAAAGACAUACUGCUAGUCACUUUCAAUCAUCUGGAUGCUAUCAAGGAUUUUAUACGAGACUCCCCUAAUAUUCUUAACCAAGUGGACGAAACAUUUCGGCAGCUGAUCGAUAUGUACAGUUGUCUCUCUGCUGGUGAAUUUCAGCUGAUCAGGCAAACACUCCUCAUUUUCUUUCAGGACAUGCACAUCAGGGUCUCCAUCUUUCUAAAGGAUAAAGUACAAAACUCGAAUGGUCGCUUUGUGCUGCCUAUAUCAGGUCCUGUUCCAUGGGGAACAGAAGUUCCGGGACUCAUCAGGAUGUUUAAUUGCAAUGGAGAUGAAGUUAAAAGGGUUGAAUUCACCAAUGGUGGAAAUUAUAUCAGUCCACAAAGGGAAGGUUCAUUUGAUCUUUAUGGAGACAGAGUGCUUAAACUGGGGACAAACAUGUACAGUGUUAGUCGGCCAGUAGAGACGCAUAUGUCAGGAGCAUCCAAGACUUUGGCAUCCCACACAAAGGAGAAUGCAGCCCCUAACCCUCUUGCUAAAGAAGAACUGAACUUUUUGGCUAGACUAAUGGGAGGCCUGGAGAUCAAGAAACCCAAUGGCAGUGAGCCGGGAUUCCGAUUAAACCUGUUCACAACAGAUGAGGAAGAAGAACAUGCAGCAUUGACCAGGCCUGAAGAGUUGUCUUACAAAGUUAUCAACAUCCAAGCAACCCAGGACCAACAGCAGAAUGAGGAGCUGGCUCGAAUCAUGGGAGAGUUUGAGGUGACAGAUCAGCCCAGACAGAGCACAAGCAAGGGAGAUGAUUUACUCGCUAUGAUGGAUGAAUUAUGAUACUCUGCUUCCCAGAGGCACAGGCAGAACAAGAAGCUGUUUAUUUAGUCACUUACAAUUUGACCCAGACAGAAACCUGCUGCUAGUCUCCUACCACAUGGAGCUGUUACAAAUCCUGUCUGUUUGUGUCAUGACUGAUUACACAGGCCAGCCUCAGACCCCAGAAUCAGUCUGGGUGGCAUUGAUACACAUUCUACCAAAACUUCUCUGAUUUUAAAUGUGACCUUUCAAUAUUUGCCUCCUUCAUUUCCUGUGAAAGCUCUAGAUUGUUCCAGGCCUGAGAUUUAGAAUCUUGAGUAAUUAAAGGAAAUGGGAAGUGAGCAUUCAUGUUCUGCCCUUAACCUUUGCUGUGGGAAGUCUGGAUACUUUAGAUACCAUUUAUAAUGGGAAAUGUGAAGCUUAGUGUAAUAUAUACUAGCUUGUGCGCAAUUCUUAAGCACUCCUGGAAGGAACAGUCCCUUCUCUUUGCCAGUUGAGGCCAAAGAAGAUUUUGUUUGCUUCAAUUCAUGUAGUUAGCUGUCUGUCCACCAUUAAACAGUAGCAACCUCUUUUUUGCUGCACUCAUAAAAAUGAGAGGUCUAGAAAUGACCUACUAUCAAAAAAGUGUCUUAUUUGUGUUUCUAUGUACUUAAUGUAUAUUUUUUUCCCUUUUCAGUAAGGUACAGUACCAUACUUCACUGUUUGUUUCUGCCCCCAUCACAAAACAGGGAACUCCAAUUCUUCAGAAAUAUUUUCCCAAGUGCAGGGCCGGUGCUACCAUUAAGGCAAACUAGGCGGUUGCCUAGGGUGCCAAGAUUUGGGGGCGCCAAAAAGAGGUGCCCCCAAUUUGCUUUUACAGCAUUCCUAUGCCCCCUCCCCGAGCGCGCGGUCACCGCUCCACUUCUCCCACCUCCCAGGCUUGCAGCGCCAAUCAGCUGUUUGGCGCCGCAAACCUGGGAGGGGAGGAGAAUUAGAGCGGGGGCGGCGUGCUAGCGAGGAGGUGGAGCAGAGGUGAGCUGGGGUGGGGAGCUGCCGCACGACUCCCCGGGCCUGGGGGGGUGGGGAGCUGCCGUGGGGGUGCCUCAGGGCAGGGAGGGGGAGCUGCCGCAGGGCUCCCCACCCCAGCUCACCUCUGCUACGCCCCCUCCCUGAGCAUGCCGUCGCUGCUCCACUUCUCCCGCCUCCCAGGCGCCUCAGGGCAGGGGUGGGGGGAAGCUACCACGGGGGAGCGUGGGCGGGGAGCUGCCGCAGGGCUGGGGACGGGGAGCGCAAGGUGGAAGUUUCACCUAGGGCGUGAAACUUCCUUGCACCGGCCCUGCCCAAGUGCAUAGGUUUUUCUGCCUUAGAAUAAAUCUGUUGGCCUGAGCAAUGUAAACUUCAGGCCCUAAAUGCUAUCUACCACUUUUCUUACUUCCCUUUAGUGAUACUCCUAUUUAUAAAUGUAGCAAUUUGAAAGUAA